CCCGGAAAAGCCGGAAAAAUGUAACCAUGGUUAAGCGACCAUGGCUAAGGGAGGUCUUGGAGCUUGUAUAAGAAGGACAGAGAGAUAUCGAAGAUACACCCACCAAAAUUCGAAACCUUUGAUGUCGUGUUCCAUCCCAUAAGAACCCUAAUUCCCAAAUACGGUUCUCCACCUAAUUUUUGGGUUUAUAAAUCGUCGUGCUCUUUGAGGGUUUCUCUUUUUUGGAUAGUCUUGAAUUCUCGGGAUAUAAAGGAAGCGAGGAUCGUUAUCUUUAGACCACAGAAACCAGAGCUCUGUCAUCUGUUAGGGCUUCCAAAAAAACCCCAAAGCUUUCUGUCUCCAUUUCUUCCUGCAAGGGUUUGAUUCUAGAGAGAGAAAAAUGGGUCUGUCUAGUCUUCCCGCGCCAUCAGAAGGAAUGCUCUGUGUUAUUCUCGUGAACACUGCCUUAUCCAUAUCCAUUGUCAAAGGAAUAGUGAGAUCAAUCCUCCACAUUGUUGGUCUCUCCUCAUCCUCAGCCGCAUCAGAUCCGACUGAGGCAUACCCAGAUGAAGCAUAUGACCUGAGAAUCUAUGCCUCGGAAUAUAACUAUGUGGAAGAGUUCAGGAGCCAGACUCCAUCUGUUCGAUUCAAGAGCAUCUUUGGUUGCCAACAACAACAAUGUUUGGGUUUCGAUCACAGAUGCUCGGUCUGCUUGACGGAAUUCGAACCCGAGUCAGAGAUAAACAAGUUGGAAUGUGGGCACGUGUUCCACAAGGCGUGUCUGGAGAAAUGGAUAGAUUACAGGAACAUCACUUGCCCUUUAUGUCGGAACCCGCUUCUCCCACAGGAGGAUCUUUCCUCGUCGCCUUGCUUCUGGUGAAGUGUUGGGUUUUGAGGAAUGGUAAAGAACAAAAGGAGAGGGAGGGAGUGUUUUUCCAAUGUACAGAAGAUGGGUUAGUUUUAGUUUUUGUUGUAUAGAAGGUACAUGAGAUGAGACUACGAAGAGAGUUUAUGCCUUGAAAUGGCAGUGAUGAUGUUUUCCCUUUUAGGUCUAUUUUGUGGUUGAUGUUUGCCCUUUGUGUCCUAUCAUCUUUGCUGUUCAAUGUACAUAUGCAUGUAUAUCAAAUAUGAGAACAUCUUUCAUGUUGAA